ACGGGCAUCCGAGCCAGUCCGAGCAAAAAACAGGAACCACAUUAUUUUCGAGUGUCUUUGCAAUGUUCCCGACGAUAUUUCUACGCCGUCUGCUUUGAUCCCAUCGAAGUUGCCGUCUCUCCGGACGUCGGCUACAGAAAACAAACAAGAAAUUAAUGCAUCUUGCUCCGCGUUCCUGUUUGUUUUGACCUGUGCAGCUAGAAGGGAAUCCUGCAAGAGGGAUUUGCGGUCCGUCAAUGAGGAACUACCGGCUCAUCUUCUGCCACAACCUGAAGCAGCCAUAGAUGGUUCAGUGGUUCACUGGCCAGGGGAGGAGAGGAUAGGACACACUUUCACUGCUACACGACGUGAGGUCUUGGCGGGGUUGUGGUGAGGAGGAGGAGGAGGCCAUGAGGAAGAGCGUGUCUCCGUUGCCAGGCAAUGAGGGCGGGAGCUCAGCCAACACCACACGGGUUUUUGGCGUUCCGUUGGAGGAGGUGACACGCACGCACACGAUCAGUGGCCACGAGGUUCCUGCACUGGUGAAACACAUCGUUGAGUACAUCGAGGAGCAUGGUCAUCUGGACCUGGAGGGGCUCUUCCUGGUUAACGGCAACGCAGAGCGCGUGGAUUGGCUACGCCAGCGUUAUGACAGUGGUGAGGAGGUGGACCUAGAGAAGGAGGCGGACCUGGCGUCAGCGGUCAGUUUGCUCCGACUCUUCCUGCAGGAGCUUCCUGAGCCCGUUAUUCCAACAGCGAUACAGGGACACAUUCUACAGCUACACCAAGAUUACAGCAAUGAAGAGGAGCUGUGUAGAAACUUGAAGUACCUCCUGCAGCAGCUUCCCCAGCUGAACUACGGCCUGCUGCGUUUCCUGUGCCGCUUCCUGGCCAGCGUGGCAUCACUUCAGCAGGAGAGCUGGAACAUUGGGACUCUGGCUGCCGUCUUUGGGCCUGACAUCUUCCAUCUGUCAACAGAAGGAGAGGACCUGCGAGACCAGGAGUCUGUCAGCAGAGUCUUGGCAGAGCUGCUGGACAACCAGGAGGGCCUGUUUGACUCGGAGGACGAUGACGUCUCCACCACCAAUGACUACAGCUCCAUCAAUGAACAGAUCACAGAGCUGUUGGAUGAUGAGAGGUGUGAGGCAGAAUGUGAAGAGCUGCCUCAGGACGGGGAGGAGGGUCCCGCCUCCUCCGACUCACCACAGCACACACACACUGAUGACAGCCCCGCAGCCAGCUCCCACCUCUCCCCAAUAUCCAUCCUGCCUGCUGACUCUGCCGAGAUAAUUCAGCGAACCAUCAGGGCUGCAGUGGAGCAACACUUCUUUGAGCUGAAAACCUCCAUCGACCAAGACCUCAGCAACUACGACAGCCAGGGGGUGAGUCCCAGUGAGCCUGCAGACCAGGGUUGCCAUGGAUACGAGGAGCCACAAACUGACCCUGAGGACAGUCCCUGCAACACAGAAGGGGAAACCCCGCUCACACAGGCCGACCCGCACGCACAACAAAGCCAGAAAGACACACAGGAUUCACUGGACUCUGGCGCCACCCUGGAGGAGAGCUCGGGAAUGGACCUGGAUGCAGAGGCUGUCAGAGAUGCUGAGAACAACAUCAACACUGCCAGGCAGGACAAUCAGCCCUGUGACAUCAUGGAGCAGACUCAGACUGACACCAUAAGCUGUGACCUGGGCUCAUGCCGCUGUGACCAGAACGCCAACACCAGCGAGAACAACAGGAACCAUCUGUUGCCAUGCCAACCAAACUCUGGCCACAACCCCCACCUCCAGCUCUUCCCUGACAACCAAUGGGAAGCGUCACCCCCCUCCCAUCUCCACCUCCCUCCCAUAGACUUCUCAUGUAUGCAUCUGCAAAAAGAAGGCCAAGACCCCGUCCCGGCUUACAAAUCCUGGCAGGACGACAACGAGAGCGGGGAGGCGCAGCUCUCCCCGCUGGCCGGUCGCAUGGUUCCUCCCCCCCUGCUGCACCUGGAGGAGGAAGGUGAGGUGGACGAGGAGGAGGGAGGGCAAGAUGCCUCCCCUUCCUCAUCCCGCUCCCACCCUCACCUCCUGGCGCGCCGCUUUCUCGACUUUGGAGCGCACAGUGCCCAGCGGUUCCUCCAGCAAGACCCGGACGCCACCUCACCCACCAAAGCACAGAGGCCGCGGCGAGCAUCGUUUGGCUCCAAAGAGGCGAUGAGAGGAGGAGAUUCAGUGACCCACCAACUCACCAAGAAGCUUCAGCACCUGAAGAAGAAAAUCAAACAGUUUGAAGAGCAGUUUGAGAAGGAGAGGAACUAUAAGCCCUCUCAUGGAGACAAGGCAGCUAACCCCAAAGUCCUCAAAUGGAUGACCGACCUCACUAAGAUCCGCAGGCAGAUUAAAGGACGCCAGCACCACCUUUUACCCAGAAGCACGCUGAGGCACCAGGCUUUGCUCCAUUCAUACAGACGCCACCAUGCUCCCUCCUCCCCUUCCUCCUCCUCCUCCUCCUCUAUCUGCCCACCUCCCCAUCACACACUCACCCCCCCGCUCCACCCCUACUCAGGCCUGAGCUCUAGACCGUAUCACCUCAAUGCCAAACACCGUGCAGAGAGCGAGCUCGGGCCCCAGACUCGUCCUCGGAGCAACACCUUACCCAAGAGCUUCGGCUCCACGUUGGACCAAGGCGCUUACGAUGCGGCGGUGGAGGUAAAGGGUCAGCGUCCCACUCGGGAGGAAACCCUGGACCUGAUCCAGCGCAGGGUCAAAGGGAAGAGGCAGGAGGACGGCUGGCCUGAUGACAUCAAGAAGAUGACCAAGGAGCAGUUAUCCUGUGAAAAGACAGUCCUUCAGAAGAACCUGCUGCACUAUGAGGGCCUGCAUGGUCGACCAGUGACCAGAGAGGAGCGUUUGGUGGUGAAGCCUCUCUAUGAUCGCUACAGAUUGGUUAAACAGAUGCUCACCAGAGUCAGCAUCACGCCUGUCACAGUGUCCCCCUCCAGUAAGAGGCGAAGUCAGACCCUCCAGCCAAUCAUUGAGGGUGAAACUGCUCAUUUUUGGGAGGAGAUCAAAGAAGAGGAGGAGGACGAGCGAAAAGAAAGAGAAGGAGGAGAAGAAGAUGAGCGGGAGGAGGAGAGGGAGGAGGAGGACGAGGAGGAGGAGGAGGAAGAGGGAGAGAGCAGCGGUGGGGAGAUGCAGAGCUCUGAGGUCAUCAUGGCCGUCGACCUUGUGACCCCGACUGACGGACCAGUGAGGAGCCAGAACCAACCUGACAGACAGAGCGACUGUCCAAUGACAGCCAAGCUGGAGGAGGGGUCAGGGAGGCUGGCGCUGGACCUGCGACUGUCCAGCUCCAACGCCUCGUCCAUGCCAGAGCUGCUGGAACAGCUGUGGAAGGCCAGAGCAGAGAAGAAGAAACUGAGGAAGACCAUCCGAGAGUUUGAGGAAGAUUUUUAUCAGCGUAAUGGAAGAAAUGUCCAGAAGGAGGACCGGGUGCCGAUGCUGGAGGAGUACAGAGAGUACAAGAGGAUCAAGGCCAAACUCCGCCUCCUGGAAGUUCUGAUCAGCAAACAGGAUUCCUCCAAAUCCAUCUAGACCUGCACCUCCUCAGAUACCUGCUAUCACCGCUCACAUCACUGCUGCGAGGACCCGCCCGGGAUGUCCGUCAGUCUGUCCGGCGUCAUCACAUCUGGGGGGGUUUAACAAUCGCUCCAGCCACCAACAGAAACCACGUCACACCAUGACUUUCCAGGAAGUCGACAUCAAGACGAGUCGAGACGCUCAGUCACACUUCAUGACCACCACUCUGUGUGCUGCAUUCAUGUCCUGGAGAAAAGUAAAUUAGAGUGACUCACCAUCUCAUGAUUUAACUUCUUUUUAACACUGUUUGUAGUUACAGGCCUUCACCAGUGCAGGAAAACUGUCUGCUUCUGAGGGACUUCUACACUUUAACCUGCAUUUCACCAUAGCAACCAAAGUAAAGUUUUGGUUCUUGGGUCUGAGUUUGUGAGAUUUCCAAUGCCAUAGAAACGAUUCAACUCGCACUGACUGGUCAAACCCUCAAGACUGCAGCUGUGUGUGCAGCAUCCAUUCAGACUGCAACCAAACACUGGUUGUCACUCGUAUCAGUAAUCGAUUAAAAAAAAAAAAAGCAGUAAAUUAAAAGUUCAACAUGCCGACUGUGUUGUCUUAUGGCAUGCAACAUCUCAAAUGGUUUUUAAUAAUCGGUCUAAUUUGCCAAAUAUUUGCAAGUUUUGUGGCCAAAAAGUAAAGGAGGAUGUGCCAAAAGAAUUGGUCACUGGGACUAUUGGAUGAAAAACCCAAAUCGUGAGAGACUGAAGGAUUGAAAAAUCUUUAAGCAAAUUUUAAGUGUUUUGAUCACAAAAUCAUUUAAAUCAUAUUUGUUUGAUAAAUACAGCAUUAUCCAUAUGUGACAGAUAUUUUCUUAAAAGGUGAUUUCAGAAUUCAAUAUUGUGGACAUUAGAGUCCGAGUUGAAUGAAGACGUGGAUUUUUACAGCAGUUUUCCCACGACAUGAAUGCAGCAUCACCACCAGUUCAACUUAAAAUCACUCCCGUCAGCCACAACUCUCUGCUGCCUCGUCUGACUGCAUAUCGCUUAAAAAAAACACGGAUCGCCGGUUGUCUUCAUCAUCAUCAUCAUCAUCAUACCACCAACUCGACUCAAGACUUUACACUUCUCUUCUUAUUUCCUCGACUUCAGCGAAAGAAAAAACUUUGACUUUUUAAUUUCAAGAACUUUUCUUUUGUCGAUCUUCGUUCUCCUUCCUUCGUGCUGAGGAAUCUUACUGGACAGCUCGCGGACUGGCAUUUUAGACACUCUUCACUCAAGACGUGUUCUUUGUUUGGGACGCCGCGCCGUGUGAAAAGUCCCUCUUUCGCCUUGCUUCAGGGAGUCCCCAUUUCUUAAAGCGGCGUCCUUGGCACGAGGCGAUCGUUUAUUUUACUCUGUCGGUAAAACUUCAUUUAACAUCCUGGACGCUUCAUCGUCGGACUGAUUUUUAAAAUUCAUUCACAUGUUAAAAACAAGUCUGUGCGUAUAUUCUUGUUGAAAAAAAAGUGUAUACAUACAUGUUUGUGAGACACUGCUGUUCAUGUUUUUCUUGAAUGAAAAAGAAUAUGUGUUGUAUUCCAAGGGGAAAAAAUAAUUGUAUUAACUCCCAGUGCGACCUUGGAGCUGUUGUGAAAGUGAAACUUGAGUUUUUUUUCUUCUUUGGCGACAUUAGUCAGUAAGAUGUACUUUAGGUCUUCUGUUUGCGAAGUAACUCUGAACUUAGUUUCCCAGGAGCCUUUUGCAAAAAAAAAUGCUGCUUUUAAGUCAUCGUGAGCUCAGACGUCUGAGUUUUGAAGUUGUGAUUUUGAUUUUUCUGACUGCACUUAAAGGCAGCAUUAGACUGUAGAUGCUCACAGGAAACUGAGAUUUUAUGAUGUAGAUGAAUCUGGCUACUUUUUCCUUUGUUUUUCCACUUGUCUCUUCACUUGCUGCAUGGAGGUGUGGCAGUUUCUGAGGGAUUAUGGGUGAUAAAUGCUGAGGAGAGGAGCCAGUUUCUGGUCCACCGUGCUGCUCUUCUUCUCUGAAACCAAAAGCAUGCCGGCUACAGGCAGCGGCAGUCAGACGGAGAGUUUCUUGGAUUUCGGCGACGGCACAGUCAGCAGUUGCUGUGCAGCUGAUGCGACUUGCUGAUUUUCCUCUUGUGGUCCUCAGUUAAAGUUUAAUCGUAGCUUUAAAGGCUGUAUUGUAUCGAUGAGGUGCCAACACUGCCAGCACUGAUCCUAAACACAGAGAAGCAACUCCGUCUGUGGGUCACUGAUACUUUUCCACAACAGGUUGAGUAAGUGCUGAGGGUCUGAUUAGGAUGUAGCGUGGUGUCCACGAUGCCGAGAGACAGAAGAAGAAGAACACAAAAACAGUUCUCAGCUGUCUUCGGUCGAAUCUGCGUUCCCGCUGAAGUUUCAUUUCCUGCUGGCAGGUAAAAUGAGGGCAGGUGAGGAGGAGGAGAAGGGUUGAGGUGUGAUGCAUGCCACCGAGCUUGUCCUCUUUAUUUUUCUUCUUAGAGGCCACGUUGUCUCGUAUCAGAACAGAGUCAAGUGUCACAGUGUGAUUUGAAACGUGGGUCGAGUUAGUAAAGUUAGUGAACCGCCUGUUUAGCAGGUGAGAUCUAUUGGUUCAUAAAGUGGCUUGUUACUUGUGAGACGUUUAAGGCCGAUGAGACAAAGUAGUGCUUUUCUUUGCUGAAUUGAUGUACAUUUACCUGCCAGAAUCAAAGCUGACUUUUGUCUGUCAGGACGGCAGAUGUGAUGGUUCGACAUCAAGGUUGAGCUUUUUCUGAGUGCUUGUGAAGAGGGCUGCACGUAACAGUUAUUACUUUAGUCUAUGAAAUGUCAAAAUGCUAAUCACAGUUUCCCAGAGCCCAAAGUGACGUCUUCAAAAUGCACCAUUUGUCCAAUCAACAGUCCAAAACCCAAAGACUGGUCAUUUACUAUCAUAAAUGACA